UAUGUAUAUAAAUUUAUAUGCACAUAAAUAUAAAAAUAGAAAAUUUGCUAAAUCUUACAGUUAAUCUUAUGAUUAUGUGAUUUACGAUUAAUUUCCCCCUCUCCAAUUAAGGUCAUAAUCCUGAUUUUGACUACUAUGAUACUAAUCCUUAUUUAUAUUAUUAUUAAUCCUAAUCCUGAUUAAGGGUAAUUAUGAAAUGUAAUGAUAUUAUGAGAUAUUUCCUUGAUAUUCUAGCUGCUUGUUGAUCACAAGAUUACUUUCACUGUCUUGGCUGGUUAAAAACUGAUUUUCCAUUUUGAACCGUACUGUAUUUUCUUGUUCAGUGAUCUGGAGUUGAAGCCUGUUGGGAUAUUGAAAGUAAAGCUUCUGCAAGCAAAGGAAUUAACAAAUACGCAUACUUUUCGAAAACCUGAUCUAUUUGUUGUACUAUACAUACAGGCUUCAGGUGAAGAGAAAAAAAAAGCGAGACAAUUAACAAUGAUUUAAAUCCAAUUUGGAAUGAAAAAUUCGAAUUUAUCGUCGAAGACGUGUCCACUGAACACUUGAUUGUUCAAGUUUAUGAUUCUAUGCAUUUGCGGUCACCUAAAUUGAUUGGUUAUGCUCAGAUACGGCUUAGUGAACUUCAACCUGGUAGAGUAAAAUAUGUGUGGCCGAAACUUUUCAAGCCAUCGUUGACCCAAAGAGAUAACAAGAAUAGAGGGCAGGUACACAUGGAGCUUUUGUACUGUCCUUUUGGCAUGGAGAAUAGCUUUACCAACCUGUUUGCUCCAAACUACUCAAUGGAAGAGGUUCUUGAAAGUUCAGCAAAUGAAAUAGAGGCUAAUGGAAAUGAGAAUGCAGUUACACAGAGGGAAAAAGAGGUUAUUAUUAGCGGAUUCCUUUCUGUUACUGUGAUAUCUGCUGAAGACUUGCCUGCAUUGGAUUUCAUGGGAAAAUCUGAUCCCUUUGUUGUUCUGACCUUGAGGAAAGCAAAAUUAAAAGAAGAAAUUAGACACAAAACCAAGGUUGUGAACCAGAGCUUGAAUCCUGUUUGGAUUGAAACAUUUCCCGUCGAGGAUGGUUUACAUGAUAUGGUAAUUGUUGAAGUUUGGGACAAGGACACUUUUGGAAAGGAUUAUAUAGGAAGAUGUAUAUUGUCGCUUACCAAGGUAAUACUGGAGGGGGAAUACACAGACAGUUUUGAUUUAGUUGGUGCGAAAUCUGGUUCUUUGGAACUCCAUCUCAAGUGGAGGUUCUAAGGCUUAUAAAAAAAAAAGUGGAGGUUCUAAGUAAUUGUGGAUGGAUAUCUAGAACUGUACUGUCACCUUUCUUUGAUUAUGACUUUAGAAUAAAUUGUAGAAGAGUUUCUAAACUUCAUAAUAGUUUGCAUCCGGUUAGCUGGGUCAUUAUUACUUUAAUCUAGUCAUGCACUCAAUGAUUGUAAAAUUUGAAUUGCGUGUCUAUGAUCUCCAUAUUGAUUGAUGCAGCAUGAUACAAUUCCAGCUUUUGAUUGUUUCUAAAGAUGUUGAGUUAUGUAAAUAUUUAUUUUUGUGUGUGCUUAUGUGCAUCUGAGUAAUGAUAUGAUAAGUUUAUAAUGCUUUGACAGGCCAUGAAUUUGUUGUGAAUUCUUCUGACAUUUGUGUGGACACAAGGUUGUGACAAUGAGCUUCUUAAUAUUUUCUUCCAUGUGGAUGAUGUGUGUUGAUAUCUGGAACUAAUUUGGAAGUGAUAAACAAACCAGAUUGUUUCUAUGUUGCAAAUUUGAAACAAAAGG